CUCAGAAAGGCGAACACAUCUUCCAGGGUCACGGGGGCCUGUCACCAGCAAUGCAGUUUGAUUAAAACGAUAAACAGUUCCACAGCCUCGUUAAUGUCCGUUGUGAACAUAAUCGCAUUAAACUACUUCACGGAAUUCCACACCGUGUGUGUGAUCAAAACUUCACUUGAUUACGUCCUGAUCAACGUACCGAUUCCAACGGCCGUGAUUACUGUGGAUUCUACCUUCAAUGAGACUUUUCAAACUGCCGUAGAUGAGGGCUGUCAAGCGUUUAUCGUAUCCGAACGGGCGUUGAUGACAUUCAUGGAUGCGUUCGUCGAAAUUCAUGACAACUCGGAUCAGAGAUCUUCUAACAAGAGGCUUUUGGUACUUUUGGAUAUGUACGAUUUGGAAUUUGUGAAUGCAUUCAUCAAACAUCCAAAUACACUGGAGCUGCCGAGCACUGCCCUGUUGGUUCCAAACUACUCCGAAGAUUCCGUUGAUGUGUACUCUACAAAGUUUUUCAACGAUGGUACGAGAAGCACUGUCGUGGUGGAGAUUGAACCCAUCGAAGGGCUGGAUUGCUAUCCGGAUAAAUUUAGUAACAUGAAUGGUGUUCCGAUCCAUCUGUGCACGCUUAUGUAUCCACCGUAUGCGUACUAUGAGGAAACGAUUCCGGAGAGAGCUAACGCUCGUUAUCAUACGUCCUUCAAGAAAGAAGACAUUCCAUUGUAUUUGGAUGGGACUGAGGUGAUACUGCUCGUAGAAUUCUGCCGCAAGUACAACUGCAGCGUAGAGGCGUCAUUUGACGAAAUAUUCCUGUGGGGAGAGGUGUACGACAACCAUACCGGGAAUGGACUCUUGGGCUCUGUGGUUGAGCGUCGAGCUGACAUUGCCGUGGCAGCCAUCUACUACUGGCGACAACCGUACAAAUUUGCCACCUACACACAACCGAUAAGUCGUUCUGGUAUAACGGUUCUUGUUCCAAAGCCUCGUAUUCUACCACCUUGGAGAACACCGUUCCUUUCAUUCUCGUCAUCUCUGUGGUUAGCAGUCUUUGUAGCCUUAUGUGUUGGCGUUUUAGCCGUAUGGUUGAUAGAGAAAAUACGCUUCAAAGUACUGCAACCCAAGGAACUACCGGUUACGAUUAGCGAUGCACUGUUAACAAUGAUCGGUUUCUACAUGGAACAAAGUGCUCGUAUGAGAACCGAUAUGAUUUCAUGUGUCCUGCUGUUCACCUCUUUGUUGUUUGCUGGCUUCAUGGUUGGUAACACCUACGGUGGAGGCUUGGCAGGUAUCAUGACCAUUCCACAAUACGAGAAACCUAUUGAUACUACCAUGGAUUUGGCUGAGACUGGGAUUAUGUGGGGAGCCACCGCCCUGUCGUGGAUAUUCUCUAUUAUGUCAGCACCACAGCCGUACAUGAAAAAGCUGGUAAAGUCAUACCGAGUUAUUAGUGAUGACUUCAUGGCAAAGCAUUCCAAAACCCACGAUAUGGGAUUUGCCGGAGAACGUACCGAGUUCCAGCAUUUUGUUCCGGCGGAUUUUGUCGACAGUGAAGCAUCGACCAUGCUUCAACUGCUGAAAGACGACCUCUACUGGGAAAGCGUUGCUGCAAUCAUCACCAAAACAUGCCCUUUCAAGCAAAAGUUCAACGACCUUAUCAUGCAGGUCAAACAAUCCGGUAUACAAAACUACUGGGAACUUCAGGCCUCAAACAACUAUCUACACGGAACGAUUCAGUUGAACAUUCUGAAUGCUAGAUCCGUCGGAUCCGGUGACAACGUUGUCCGACUGACGAUUUCGCACUUUUUGGGCGCGUACAUGAUUCUGGGGGCCGGACUUGGCAUGGCAACGUUGACUUUCCUGCUGGAGAUUUUCCGUGUUCGGUUGACGCAGGCGAUACACCGGAAAGCUCGCCAAUUGAAACAAAAGCUGUACAAUUUGAGUAAAUCCGUCGUGAACGAAGCAUUCAGUGAAUUCGCAAACGCGUGCUCCAUUCACUCAGCAAUGGAGCUUCUUACGGGGGACAAUUCCACUACAGUUCUGAACGCUUCGCUCACAGCGUAUGUGAACUACCUGGUUCUACGCUAUCUUUCGAGUUACUUUGCAGUAUGUGUUUUCACGAAUCCAUCCGACGACAUCCAGAUCAACAUACCUGUCCCGGUUGUGGUCAUUUCGAUCGAUUCCAGCUUCAACCGUAGAUUUCAAGAUGCCGUUGACGGUGGAUGUCAAGCAUUCGUUGUGACUGAACAAGCGAUGACUCCUUUCCUGGAUGCGUUUGUUCCCGUCCAUGACAACUCAGAUCAACGGUCUUCGGAAAAGCGACUGCUGGUCGUGAUGGAAUCUGAAGAUGAGUUACAUUCGAAGAAAUUCAUAACACACCGGAGUUUUCUGGAGUUCACCAACGUGGUGAUUGUGGUCCCAAACCAUUCCACCGAGUCUGUAGAUCUCUACAGUAGUAAGAUUUUCAACGACGGGACAAGGAGUACAGUGAACUUCAGUUUUGAGCAAAUAGAAGGACCAGACUAUAUGCCAGAUGCGUUCCAAAAUAUGAAUGAUGUUCCUGUUCAUCUAUGUACUCUUAUGUAUCCCCCAUUUUCGUACUAUGAAGAAACUGUGGAUGAAAAAGCCAAUGCGCGUUACCAUGCAUCUUUUAGCGAAAAAAACGUGCCUCUAUUUCUUGAAGGAACCGAAGUAACUUUGAUCGUAGAGUUCUGUCGCAAGUACAACUGCUCCAUCGAAGUUUCAUUGGACGAAGAACAUCUGUGGGGUGAAGUGUUUGACAACCGCACCGGAAAUGGCAUCAUGGGAAUGAUAGUAGAGCGCCGAGCAGACAUUGCAGUAUCCGCCAUCUUCUUUUUACUUAACACAUACAAAUUCGCCACGUACACACAUCCGCUGAGUCGUUCUGGAGUUACGGUUCUUGUUCCGAAGCCGCUUAUACAGCCACCCUGGCGGACACCAUUCCUAUGUUUCAGUCCCUCUGUAUGGUUAGCUGUAAUCGUAGCUUUCUGCGUUGGAGUCUUGACCGUAUGGUCAAUAGAAAAGGUACGCUUCCGGAUAUUGGAUCCCAACGAGCAACCGGUAACCUUCAGCGACUCGACUAUGACGAUGAUCAGAUUUUACGUGGAGCAAAGCUCUACGAUACGAACCGACCUGAUGUCCUGCACUUUACUGUUUAUCUCGCUGAUUUUCGCCGGCUUCAUGAUUAGCAAUACUUACAACGGAGGACUGGCAGGGGUCAUGACCAUCCCGCAGCACGAGAAGUCCAUCGAUACGGUGCGGGAUUUGGCCGACUCUGGAAUGCGAUGGGGACAAACGGUUCUGGCUUGGUUGCUCCCUAUCAUGACAGCAUCGCAGCCUUACGUGAAACGUCUGAUGUCCACCUAUCGAGUGGUGGAUAAAGAAUUCAUCAUCAAACACACCAAGAUGCACGAUAUGGGCUUCAUUGGUGAAAGGACCGAGUAUGAUCAUUUCGUUCCGGAGGAUUUUGUGGAUCAUGAGGCGUCGACUAUGUUGCAACUGCUGAAGGACGAUCUUUACUGGUCGAGCGAAGCAGCUGUCGUUACAAAAACAUGUCCAUUCCGACAGAAGCUAAACGAUUUCAUAAUGCUUAUUAAGCAGUCGGGCAUACAAUACUACUGGGAAUUACAGGCAUCCCACAAAUACCUGAAUGGAUCAAUUCAAACCACCAUUUUGAAUGCCCGAUCCGCCGGGUCGAGAUCAAAAGGGCACAUGAUGAAGCUUACCGUUUUGCACUUUGUAGGAGCGUACAUGAUUCUGGCUGUUGGUCUUGGACUCGCAUCAAUAGUAUUCCUUUGGGAGAUUUCUCAAACUCGCAAAACAAACUUAUCGACCAGAAGGAAGCAGACUAAACGGGAAGGCUGAAAUGCUUCACUGUGUACCUUUUUAGGCUAUCCAAAGCAACGUGAUAGUUAUUCUGCAUCUUGAUAAUAUUUCUGCAAGUAUAGCUUAAAAAUAUUUUAACUUAUUUUUAUACGGUAUAUACAAUGCAUAUUUAUUCAUUUAUAUAACAUGCAAUGUAUGAUAGAAUAAAUAGAAUGGAUUGUCAUUCUGAUUGAUUAAAGCCCGUAGGCAAAAAAAUCGGAUUAUUUUUAGUGCAAAAGUUUUCCUUUUAACUCCUUGCAGGUACUCGGAUGGCGAUCAGCCGUUCUAACCUGGAGGAUCGACCCUCAGGUUUGCAGAAGCUAAUCUAUUUUUUUCUAAGCGGUUUGUAGUUUGCCUCCCUUUAGUCUCCAAAAUAAUUUGCUGCUCUAUGGUUUUUGGAGGCUAACUACAAAUUGUUGGAGGCUAACUUUUCUGGGCAUUGUUAGGCAAAACCUAAGGCUUUA